AUGGCUAGCUUUGCUGCCAAGCUACAACCAUCUAGCUCAAACUCUCCGCCCGUCAUCCCUACUCUACCUCCGUUGGCAGUCAAUCUUGAUAAGGCAUCCGAACGAGUUCCUUUUCGGUCUUUACCACCAGAGGAUGUUAUCAUUAUAGGUACUUGCUCGAACGCAUCGCCAUCGGUUCCGAUUCCCCAAGCCAGCCCUAUGGCUACGGGACCGAAUAAAGAGACGGCCAAGCUGUUAGCUCAAAUGGAGCAGAGAAUCCGAGAAGUAGAAGGUAUCCAUAACAUUCCCCAGGUUGAUUUCUCUGCCUUCUCGAAGGUUAGUGUGCCCGAGAAGUUUAAGAUGCCCGAUUUCGAGAAGUACGACGGCACUUCCAACCCGGUGCAACAUGUCCAGAUGUACCAAGCCAGGAUGAACAAGUAUGCGGCUAACGGCCCUCUGAUGAUUCAGACCUUCCAGGCCGCUUCGAAAGAUGUAGCUAUGAGAUGGUAUACGGAUUAUGAAAUCUACAACAUGGAGAACUGGGAGAAGGCGGCUAAUGCUUUUGUUAAGCAUUUUAGUUUCAACUUAGAUGUUCUCAUUUCUAGUGAAGACCUAGAACAGGCUGAGAUGAAGAAAGGAGAGACAAUUAAGCAAUACGCCACCAAGUGGAGGAAUGUGGCGUCUCGGCCUAAAGCCGGUACCCCCGAACGAGAGCUCAUGAAGUUGUUUGUCUCUACUCUACCUCAGAUAAUGCGGUCGCGAAUCCUUGGAUCUACCGCAACAUUGUUCAGUCACCUCAUUGCGAUGGUUGAAGAGGUGGAAAGUGGCAUGAAGAAAGGUUGGUAUGAGGAUGCUGGUUCGCAUGUUAAACGGUUCGCAGUAAAGAAAGACAAAGAACCCGUCCCACAAGUGAAUGUCACUUAUACUUAG